AUGUAUACCCAUUACCAUCCUCCUAUAACCAUUACCUUCUGGUGUAGACCUCUAAAGUCCUCACCUAAAGUUACUUUCUACAAGAGUGCUGUGGAUAAAGCCUUACAAAGUGAGACGGGAAACCUGGACCUUUUCCUCCGCUUCCUUCUGGGCCUCUCACUGGAGUCCAAUCAGAAGCACUUACGAGGUCUACUGACAAAGACAAGAAGCAGCUCACAGAGCCAUGAAGAAACAGUCAAGUACAUCAAGGAGAAGAUCGGGGAGGAUCUCUCUCCAGAGAGGAGCAUCAAUCUGUUCCACUGUCUGAAUGAACUGAAUGACCAUUCUCUAGUGGAGGAGAUCCAAAGAUACCUGAGAUCAGGAAGUCUCUCAAAACCCAACCUGUCACCUGCACAGUGGUCAGCUCUGGUCUUUGUGUUGCUGACUUCAGAAAAGGAGCUGGAUGUGUUUGACCUGAAGAAAUACUCCAGAUCAGAGGAAGGUCUUCUGAGGCUGCUGCCAGUGGUCAAAGCCUCCAGAGCUGCUCUGCUGUCAGGCUGUGGAGUCACAGAGGAAGGCUGUGCUUCUCUGGUCUCAGCUCUGGAGUCAAACCCCUCACACCUGAGAGAGCUGGACCUGAGCUACAAUCACCCAGGAGACUCAGGAGUCAGACUGCUCUCUGCUGGACUGGAGGAUCCACACUGCAGACUGGAGAAACUCAUGCUGUCAGGCUGUGGAGUCACAGAGGAAGGCUGUGCUUCUCUGGUCUCAGCUCUGAAGUCAAACCCCUCACACCUGAGAGAGCUGGAUCUGAGUAACAAUGACCUGAAGGAUUCAGGAGUGAAGCUGCUCUCUGCUGGACUGGGGAAUCCCCACUGUAAACUGGAGACUCUGAGGUCAGUAUUAUCAGAUAUUAAAGCACUUUAUAUAUGUAGUUCUCCCAUUUGA